UAUACACGCAGAUUAGUGAAAGAGUCUUGCUCUCAUUACUUUAAUUCAUAAACCAAAUAGUUCUAUUUCAAUUCCUUCCAAAAAUGUCCCAUUCCUACCAAGAUGUUGAGCCUGAGUUCCAAUACCACAAAGGAGAAACUCAUGACAUUAUUGAGUUUCAAGUGAAAGAUUUUAAAAAAGAUCAGCUCAGAGUUCAUUUUAGCAGUAAAGGGGUUUUAACGGUUUCCGGUGAACGCCCUCAAGAGGGAGGUAAAAGGAUUCGAUUCCGCAAAGAUAUCAAUUUUCCUAAAGACUGUGAACCGAAUGAGAUCCGCGCGAAAUUAAGUUCCGGUGUUCUUUUCAUCACAAUACCUAAGAAAGACGCCCCGCAACCUCCUCAACGGGAUUCACUUAAGCAAGUGCAACAACAAGACAAUGGAAAACUCAAACAAGGGGGAAGUUCAAGUGAAGAGGCUAAAGGAGCAAUGGCUACACCAAAUGAAAAUGCUGCAAUGCCUAAGCCUGAAUCCAAAUCUUUUAUUUCGGGGCUUAAAAUGGAGAAAAAGACAGCAUUAAAGGUUGUCGCCAAUGUUACAGUUGUGUCAUUGGUGUUUGUUGUGUUGUUUUAUGUGUAUAAAAUUUAUGCACCUGUGAUUAUGCAUGUUUAGAAACGCCAAAUCCUUGUCCAUUUGUUUCCAGAAAUUUAAUUAUCAAAUAAUUUUCAAUUCAA